CUGGAGGAAGGAGCAGGGUAGUGUGGAAGGAGCAGGGUAGCGUGGAAGGAGCUUGUUUGCCUAGACUGCAGUGUUUACUUUGUGAAGUCCCUGAAGUUUUAAUCAGUCUGACUGGGAAGAGCCAAAGUUCAUUUCUCUAUCAAAUCUUUGAAGACACUUCUGGCCUCGCUGAUAGAUAUUACAGGUCUUGCAUCUCAUAUUUCUCUCAAAUACCUGGACUAACUUGUUCUAGUCUGUCAGGAACCUACAGGCAGCUACCCAAAAAGAAACUUAAACACAAAAUAACAUUGCUUACAGACGUCCAUGCUCCCCCGAGGAAUGACAGUGAGCAGAUGAACAGCAAACUUUUUAAGGCCUGUAAGGAAAUGGAAGCAACUCAUAUUGACAUAUUAAAGGAUCCCCUUGUCUCUAGCUCUGCUAUGCAGGACACCAGAAAGAAGCGCAGGGUGGUGACCAAGGAUGGGCACAGCAACGUUAAGGUUGACCACGUUGACGGCUUGGCCAUGCUUUACCUGCACGACCUGUGGACCACUGUCAUAGACAUGAAAUGGCGUUACAAGCUGACCCUGUUCUCUGCCACUUUCAUGAUGACCUGGUUCUUUUUCGGUCUCAUCUUUUACAUAAUUGCCCUGAUCCACGGGGACCUGGACGUGCCAGACACGGCGUCUAACCACACCCCAUGUGUGAUGAACGUGCAGUCCUUAACCGGGGCCUUCCUCUUCUCUCUGGAGUCACAGACCACCAUCGGCUAUGGCUUCCGUUUCAUCACGGAGGAGUGCCCCCUGGCCAUCUCCGUGCUGGUGGCCCAGCUGGUCUUGACUACCUUGGCGGAGAUCUUCAUCACUGGCACCUUUUUGGCGAAGCUGGCCAGACCCAAGAAGCGCGCAGAGACCAUCAUGUUCAGCCACAAUGCGGUUAUCACAAAGCAUGACGGCAAACUGUGUCUCAUAAUCCGGGUGGCCAACAUGAGGAAGAGCCUACUCAUCCAAUGCCAGCUCACGGGAAAGAUGCUGCACACCUACGUCACCAAAGAGGGGGAGAAGAUCCUCCUGAACCAGACUAGCAUCCGCUUCCAGGUGGACUCUGCCUCCGACAGCCCCUUCCUGAUCCUGCCAAUGACUUUCUACCAUGUGAUCAACGAUGCAAGCCCACUGAAAGACCUCACUGCCGCCAACCUGAGGGAGAAGGAGUUUGAGAUCGUGGUUAUCCUGAACGCCACGGUGGAGUCCACCAGCGGCACCUGCCAGAGCCGAACCUCCUACAUCCCAGAGGAGAUCCUCUGGGGCUAUGACUUCAUGCCUGUGGUGUUCAACUCCCCAAGUGGGAAAUACAUUGCGGACUUCAAACAAUACAACAAGGUCAUUCGAAGCACUGAUUACUUCUUUGCCACAGAUCUUGAGAAGUUAAAACUGGAAGAAGAGUACCGAAAAGAUGAUCAAAUGGAAAGAGAAGGACAUUUAAAUGAGCCAUGACACAAAUACUUUCUAGAAAGUGUUUAUAGAAAUUUAAAUUUUUAGCAUCUUUUUAUUUAUUUAUUUUUGUUUUGUUUUGGCAACUGCAGCACGAGGAUUGAGGACUUUGUGAUUUUUCAGAUAGCUUCAGAAUCAGAAACAUUGUAAUUCUGAUUUUAUAUAUAAUAAUAAUACUGCUGGAGCCACCUGUCUCCUUUGUUAGACUUGCACACAAAUUCU